AUGCCGAACAGUAGCAGCCCAGAAUUUUCACGUAAGCCCCUGAAGAUCAAACAAGAUGACAAAUUCUUCUCCAAACUUCUAUCCAAGGAAACUUCAGCAGCAAACCCUUCAUUCAGAGUAUACUAUGGUAAUGUUACAGGUUCAGUCCCUUUUACUUGGGAAAUUCAACCUGGUACCCCUAAACAUAAAUUUUCUGACAAUUCAGUCCCUCCACUUACCCCCCCUCCUUCUUACUACACCUCAAAUCUUGAUCCUGAUCAAACCAAACACACAAAGAGAAAAUACCACACAAGAUCCAAGUUCUUGUACAAUCUCUUAUUGAACAUGAAAGUGAGCAAGAAAGGCCACGUGGCAGCAUCCUCACCAUCCUCUCUAUCAUCAUCCUCAUGGUCAUCUUCAAUGAGUAGUGCUACUGCUGCUGUUCCCUCUUCCAAUGGAUAUAGGUCAAGAAGACGACGCCGUUUCAUGAGCUUUGGUUCUUCUUUUGAUCAUGGAAACAUGUAUGGUGGUGGAUCUGAUUCAGUUAGUGUUGAUGGUGGUGGUGGUGGUGGUGGUUCAUAUACGGUUGUGAUCAUGAAGAAAGCUUUUUUGUCAAUUGUGGGCUGUAGAUCUGGAUAA